AAUACAUUCGAGUGGUAUAGCUCAUUUAUCCGCGACGCCAAACAGUGAAGUUCUUCCAUAGCGAGAUUUCGUGUCGAUCUGACGCUAGCAGAUAAACAAAAAAUCGUAAUUGUUGUUUCAAUCAGUCGGAUUUUCACAAGUCUUUUGGAAGCAGAUUAUUUUUCCUGCUUCGAUAAAUUAUUACUUGCAUAAAAUUGGUAAUAAAUUGGAAAGACCCCAACCGAAAAGUGUCAUUUGGCUAUCGAUUUCGAAAUAGUUGAAGCAGCUAUGAUGAGAAACAUACUUUCAUUAAUAUCGAUUCUGUUCGUUCUGGUUCAUAAAUCAAAACAAGCGGACAUAAGCGAAGCUCAAUUUAUGAAAACCUUGUCGGUAUUCAAUUCCAUUUGCCAGACUAGGCUGACGAUCUCGGAUGAACAGAUUGCAUUCGUUAAACAGCAUCCGGAAGAACUUGCCGACGAUUCUAAGGAGAAGUGUUUCGCUACGUGUGUGCUAGAGAUGUUUAACAUGGUUAUUAACGGAAAAGUGCCUGGGAAUCUGGCCGACGAAAGUAUUGGACACUUUCUUCCUAAUAAGAUUAACGAAGUUGCUAAAAAUGCUCUGGACCAUUGCAGAAACGCCCUAGAUAAUACCGGGAACGUUCACUGUGUUGUCGGGUACAACAUGCUAAAAUGUUUGGCAGGAAAGGAGCUAAAGUUUUUCUUACUUUAACUAUAAUGUUACUGAAUGAUUUGAGUAGAAUAUAUUAUCGUACCACUGUGGACACAAUAGUGAUAGGAAACAAUUGAAACGAAAAUGUUGCACCGUCACAAAUAUCCUG